UGCUGAGCCUUUUUACAUGCAUGUCAGUCUAACUGAAAUGUUUUGAUCUACAGGAGAGGACUACCAGCAUAUCGAAUUUGGCGUGGAUGAGGUAAUGAAUGUGGAGCCUGUGGCAGUGAAAGACUCGCUGUACAAAGUCUCCAGCACUCUUAAUCCUCAGGCCCCUGAGUUCAUCUUAGGCUGCCAACCAUCUCAGAAGGCCCUUCCCACAGCCACGCGGGUCGCUGAUAUCCCAGAUGGUGCCGACUUUGACUCCCUAUGCUGCGGCCACUCCGAGAUCUCAGUCCUGGGCAGCCACCAGGCCUGCUCGGACAUGGAUGGGGUUUCGGGCGGCUUAGGACAACGUAAGAAAAAGAAAAAACGGCCGCCGGGAUACUAUAAUUACCUGGAGGGUUCCAACAGCAACAGCAGCAGUGUGGCCACAGAUGGAGUCGGGGGCUCAGGCCUGGUUAACGGACAUACUCCAAAUACUCCACUCAUGGGUUCGGAGGACAUGGUAGGGGACGUGUUGUCUGGGGCUGAGCCCAUUCCCCCAUAUUCUGGAACAUCCAGCACAUCCACACCCCAAACCACCCCUCUUUCCCAUCAGAGGACUUGUGAAAGCCCUGACAAUUCGACAUUGGACUUGACGAGCGGAGCUGCCUCUUUGUCAGACAGAAACGGUGCAGCUUCUUUGUCUACUUCAUCUUCGUCCUCUCAGAGCAGCGGGGUGGCACAGAGUGCCAGGACUGCAGAGCAACAUGCAGAACCCCCAGCUCUAGAGAGUCCAGUACUCCUGGGUAACGGAGGGCACAGCUCCUCUCCUCCAUCUCCUCUUCCCCCUGCUGCUGCUGCUGCUGUGGCCACCCCCACAACCACAAUUCCUGCUACUACUGAUGAGAGGGAGGCCGAGGGCUCGGGGGAAGCUAAUGGGCUGCCAGAGACUGCCUCAGCUGCCGGAGCCGCAGACGGGCUCCGAGACCCGUCUGAAAUGGGCGAAGUGCAGUCAGCUUCCUCUGUAACCCCUCUUUCCUUAGACUCUGAAGUUCAGCCGGUAGUCUCGCCCAGUCCUCCUGCAGCACCUGUGACCAACCCCCCGAAAUCCUGGGCCAGCCUCUUCCACAACUCCAAGCCUCUGCCUGGAGGUCCUCAGGCUUACGUUGAGGUGAAGAGCGUGCCUGUUGUCGUCGCGUUCCCUCCGGCUGCCUCUGAGUUGCCUGAAAAGGCCAAUGAGGUGCGCGAGGGUCCCAUCCCCAUGUCUGAAGACCCUAUGGCGCCGAAAUUGGCAGAAUUAAUCGAGACUGUGAAGUUGAUACACAAACCGGUGUCUUUGCAACCAAGAGGACUGAUUAACAAGGGAAACUGGUGCUAUAUCAAUGCUACCCUGCAGGCCCUGAUUGCAUGUCCCCCCAUGUAUCAUCUGAUGAAGUCUAUUCCCCUUUUCACUGAGAUUCAGAGACCCUGCACAUCCACACCCAUGAUGGAUAACUUUGUUCGGCUUGUGAAUGAGUUCAGCAAUAUGCCUGUCCCUUCCAAGGCUAAACAGCAAGCUGCUGGAGAAAAAAUAAUGAAAGAUCUUCGAGUGGGUGCUCCUUUUGAACCCACACACAUCUAUAAACUCCUCACCCUCAUCAAAUCAAGCCUUUCUGAGAAGGGUCGCCAGGAGGAUGCAGAGGAGUACCUUGGUUUCAUUUUAAAUGGACUGCAUGAGGAAAUGCUGGCACUGAAGAAGCUUAUCUCUCCACAGGAAGAGAAAGCCCCCACACCAAAUGGUCCUGAAUUUCAGCCUGGAGUGGAGGAAGGCCCUGCUGAGAAGGAGGAAGAAGGCAGUGAUAAUGAAUGGGAACAGGUCGGGCCCAGAAACAAAACCUCCAUCACCCGGCAGGCAGAUUUCAUCCGCACUCCCAUCACAGACAUAUUUGGUGGCCACAUCAGAUCUGUGGUAUACCAGCAGAGCUCAAAAGAGUCAGCCACCUUGCAGCCCUUCUUCACGCUGCAGCUGGACAUCCAAUCAGAGAAGAUCCGCACAGUCCAAGAGGCCCUGGAGAUACUGGUGGCACGGGAGUCUGUUCAGGGCUACACCACUAAGAGCAAGCAGGAGAUGUGUCUACAUCUCUUGUCACCGGGGGUGCGGGGCAAAACUCUGAAAGGCCAGAGAACCUACAGGCUCUUUGCAGUCGUCUAUCACCAUGGGAACAGUGCCACGGGUGGCCACUACACUACAGAUGUCUUCCACAUCGGUCUGAACGGCUGGCUGCGCAUUGAUGACCAGGUGGUGAAGAUCAUCAAUCAGCAUCAGGUGGUGAAGCAGACUGCAGAGCGCACUGCCUACCUGCUGUACUACCGUCGCGUGGACCUGCUGUAGAAACCAUACUCGUACACACAAACACUCUCUCGCUCUCUCUCACACACACACACACACACACACACACACACACACACACAUAUAUA